AUGGCGGCUCCAACGCCUUUCGGAGGGAAGUUGAUAGACCAUGACGCCACAGACCUUGGUACCAUGUGGGAGGAAGCCCUCAUCAAAUAUAACGAGGAAUGCAAAAUCAACCUGCGGAACCUUGACUUUAUUCGACAGAACAGCAUGGAUAAUAUAAUGGCUGAGCAGGAACGCCAGUUGGCCAGGUUUGGCGAGGCCCGACACGAUGGUGGCAAGCUGGACAAGUUUCGAUCUGCAAUAUCGAAGAACUCACAGGUCAUCAUGUCGGUGGCGGCAACUGUGGCGAACGCUGCUAGCUCGGCCUUUCCGCCGAGCGCAGUAAUCCUGACAGCCUUCAACUACGUGAUGAAUGCGUCCAAAGCCGUGUCUGACGAUCUGGACAUGAUCGUGUCGUUCUUUGAUAUCAUGAAGGCUUUCCUGAGCCGUGUAUCGCUACUGGAAGAGCGAACCCCGCCUGAGCGUCAGUUCCGGCAAUUCCUCAUGAACGUGUUUUCCGCACUGCUCACCAUGUGCGCGAUCGCCACCAAAAUCCAACAAAAGGGCCGCCUGAAGCAGUGGGCAAGGGCGCUAGUGGACGGGACUGAUCCCAAAUUGAAGGCAGCGUACGAUACGGUACACAUGCACCUCGAACGCUUCGAAUCUGCCGUCAUGAUCAUGACCUUGAAGAAGACUAUCGAGUCCGGCUCCAAAUUGGAUGGAAUCGGUCGCGACAUCAACGCUGUUCAGGCCGGUGUGCAGCAGACUAUUCAUCUGGGCCAACAGAACCUGGAGAUUGGUCAGCAGAAUUACAUGAUGGGCAUGGAGAUAAGCGUCUACGCAAAAGACUCUGCAUCAACUAGCCACGCUAUUCUAACGGCCCAGGAAGAUACCCGGGUGGAGGUCCUCAGCGGCCUGAAGAAACUGGAGAAGAUGGCACAGAAAAGCUCACGCGACAAGCAGACAUCUGAGGCUCCAAGGGAUGCUGGUGCCCGCAGGACGACCGCCUUGAUAAGGCUUCAAGACCUUCUGGACUACAAGGUGAAUGACCAAAAGCAGAUCGAAGACUUGGAAAAUGCGUAUGUUGCGAAUACGUGUGAAUGGAUACAAGAGAUCGACGUCUACCACGACUUUGAACUAGGAGAUGUCCCUCUACUAUCACUUACUGGAGCCACCGGGAUAGGGAAGUCGAUGGUAUCGUACACUGCGCUACGCAGGAUGCAAAGAGAAGCGAUGACUGACCACACAGCCACAACUUCGGUGGCCUACUUCUUUUUUCGUGAGGACUACGCCGGCCGCAGGAGUCUGCCACUUAUGCUGCGCUCGUGUGUGAUACAGUUGGCGACCCACAACAUAUCAUACCGUUCAAGCGCGCUCGCAACCAGGCAGCGUCUGCGCGAAUUUGAUGGAGAAGAUUACAAGCUACUCUGGGAACAUUUCUUCAGGCAGCAAUUCAACAACAAAGUCAAUCGCAGAUUGACGCUUAUCCUCGACGGGAUCGAUGAGGCCAACGAAGAAUGCAGAGCAGGUCUCAAGGAUAUUUUUGCGGGCGUCGCAUCAGACCAGGAUCUCCAGAUUCAGAUCAUGUUCAGCUGUGAGAAUGAUGGCGACAUGGAUCCAGAUGGCAGAUUGGGUAUCAAACGACUUUCCAUGACUAGGGAGAAGAUCAAAGAGGAUAUGCGGACUAUUGCUAUCUCUCGUCUCAAGAGUCUCAGCCGCAUUCGAAAACUUACAACCAGGACGAAGAAGAGAGUAGCAGUUCAGCUGUGCAAAAAGGCAGACA